AUGAAAAAAGAAGAUGCUGUCAUAUCUCAUACGGCCGAAGAUUACGAUCAAUUGAACUUGAUAAACAAGAGUAUAGACUGUAUUUCCCUUCUUUUUUCCUUUCGUAACAAAAGUGGCAAUAUAAUAAAAAAGUAUAGUACUAGCAGAAGCAGUAGUAAUAGUAACAGUAGUAGUAGCAGCAAUAAUAGUAAUAGUAGCAGCAGUAGUAAUAGUAAUAGUAGAAGUAGAAGUGUUAAGAAUAAUGAUAUUAGUAAUAGUAAUAAUAAUAGCAGGGAUAGUAGAAAUAGCAGUAGUAAUAGUGAUAGUAAUAGUAGCAAUAGUAGAAAUAGUAGUGCUAGUAGUAAUAGUAGUAGUAGGUAUUUUAGUACUUUUAAUAAUAGUAUCAAUAGAGAUGUGGCGAUGCUAAUGAUGGUGGUAAUAAUAGUAGUGUAA